AUGUGUGGGAUGCAAUCGGACUUUCAGUCUUUUGUGAAUUCUAAUGCUCUGUUUGAAGUGGUGGCUAAAGGUGGGAAUUUUACAUGGACUAACAAACAAAGGGGCUUUUCCAACAUUGCGGAGAAACUAGAUAGAUUCUUCCUUACAAGGGAUUGGAAUUUGGCCCCCUUGGUCUUUGAGGCUGAAGUUUUAGCAAUCUCAAGAUCAGAUCACUUCCCAGUGUCUUUGGUUGUGCAAAAAGAUGAAGUUCCGCUUCGGUGUCCUUUCAAGGUGGAAAACAUGUGGUUAAGAGAACUGGGUUUUAGAGAUUGUGUAGUUGGUUGGUGGAAGGAGGCUCUGGUGGUGGAAGUCAAUGGUAGUCCUCAAGGUUUUUUUUCAACCUCACGGGGCAUUCGGCAAGGGAAUCCAAUAUCUCCCUUUCUCUUUAUCUUGUUGGCAAAAGUUCUUGGAUGGUUGAUUGCUCGUAAGAGAGCUCAAGGGAUGUGUAAAGGCAUCGAGAUUUCUCGAGCAGUGGAGUCCACAACCCAUUCUCAGUUUGCUAAUGAUACCUGUCUUUUCGGAGUGGCAUCCAUGCAUGAGGCAUCGGUUAUGAAGAAUGUGUUGGACAUAUUUAGCUGGGCUACUGGUCACGAAAUUAAUUGGCUGAAAUCGGAGAUCUUCUUCUUCCACACUGAAUUUGGGUCUCAAAAAGCUAUUUCCAGAUUGUUUGGGAUAAAGAUUGGUCAGCUUCUUGCUAAGUUCCUUAGUAUGCCGCUCUUUUCUAGAGCAGGCAAGUCAGACAUCAAGAAAGGUUUGCUCGAUGGUUGCAAAGCAAAGAUGGAGGGCUGGAAGAGCAACUGGCUAUCUUUGGCUAGUCGUCUUCUAAUGCUGAAGACAGUUGUUUCGGCUAUGCCUAUCUUCCCUAUGGCUUGGUUUAAACUCCCAGGCUCGAUCAUUAAGAAUAUGCAGCAGAAGAUGAGAAAGUUUUUGUGGAAUGGAAAUCAAGAUCAUGACAAAAUCUCGCUCAUGGCUUGGGACAGAGUUUGUAAACCCAAAGGAGGUGGAGGUGCAGGGCUCCGUGAUUGGAGAAUUAUUAAUGAGGCUAUGGGGGCUAAGUUGGUGUGGCAAAUGUACAGUAAACCGAAGCAGAGGUGGAUCCAAAUUUUACAAGCUAAAUACUUGGAUAGUGGGGAAAAGGAGAGGAUCCUAUCGGUUGAAGAUCCUCUAGGAAGCUCAGCUUUUUGGAAUGUUUUGAAGGAUCCCCGGGAGUUAAACUUGGGGGAAGCAGAUGAACAGUUGCUGAGGAAGAUCAUGGAAAAUAGAGAAUUUUCAUGCUUGAGGGAGGAGGAUGAGAUAGUCUGGUGUGGUGGUAAGAGUGGCAGCUACUUUGUGAAGGUGGGGUUUUCUCUUUUGGAGUUUGAAGGCAAGAUGAAGGAAUGGGAAGUUAAGGUUUGUUGGAAUGAUGUUUGUUUACCGAAAGUGGGUGCCUUCAUCUGGUUAGCUAGUAAUAGGCGGAUUCUUUUAGGGGAUUGUUUGAAGAAAAUGGGGUUUGCUGGUCCAUUCCGAUGUGUACUCUAUGAAAAGGCGGAAGAAGAUGUGGACCACCUUCUGCUCAACUGUGAUUUUGCCCAAGAAGCAUGGUGUUCUGGGCUAUAG